AUGAAUCAAUCUAUAUCAGAUCAAAAAUUUCAUUCAUUUAAUUAUAUUGAUCUUAAUAAAAAAUAUGAAAUAUGUCGUCAACAAUCACAAUGUUAUCUACUUAUUCCACCACCACAACCACCAAUAUUUCCAAAACUUAUUCUUUAUAAUUCAUCAUCUACAUUAACAAAUCAUCAACAAUAUACACAGUCAUUUUUUAUAAUUCUGAAUAUAUGUAUUGCUUUAAUUUCUAUUUGUCUCCUUGUAUUUUUACUCGGUGUUAUUUUUCAAUUUUAUCAUAAAUUACGACAAUAUCAUCGUCGAACAAAACAUACUAAUAUCACUGAUGGAUCGAUAUCAUUCUCAAAGAUUAUUCCAACAUCAUGUAAUUCUUUAACACCAUUAACUACUACAACAAAUCAAUCACCAUCAUCAACAAUGACAAACAUAGUGAAUCAAAAUCUUGAACAAAUUUUACGAUCUGAUGAUCAAUCAUCUUAUCAUAAUCAUUCAACAAAUAUCUAUGAAAAGAUUCAAUUCUCAUCAGAUCAUCAUUAUUGCUCUUGUUGUUUAUGUGUUCAAACAUACUAUAAACAACAACAACAACAACAACAAUAUAUUUCUACUACAUAUCAAUUGAUGCCAUAUUAUUAUACAUAUGAAUCAUCGUCAUCAAAAAUCAUUUGUCAAAAUUGUUUAUUAGAAACUUUACAUCAUAAACAAAACUGUUUUUGUCGUAAUUUCUUUGUACCAAUUAAAUAG